AUUGGAGCUGAAAAUAAGUUGAGAUUUGAAGACAGCGGUGUAAGCCAGAACCACUGUUGACCCCAGAGGGUAUACGCGGUACUUGGUAAAGCAAUUUUAGAAGAUUUUAUACUAACAUUGCAUUUGAAAAAAAAAUACCUCUUUUAAAACUUGAAAUAUUAGCAAGAACAUUUACAAGAAUAUCAACCAUGUUAAACAGGAAACUAAAUAUGUCAGUUUUUCAAGUUCUUCUUGCGGUUUUCGAAUUCACACGUGCGCACUCAGAAUAUGGUCAGUUCCACUUUGUUGGAAACGUUUCCAAGGAAGACUACUUCCAGGUACUUUUUCAAACUUCGAAAAUAUCAACACAAGUCUGUGCUGCCGAAUGUCUCAAGGAUCUGGACUGUAACGCCAUAGAAAUGUGCACUCAUGAGGAUACGUGUAGACUAAUGACAGGGGUCGGUCCCGUCGUCUCCCCGAAUUCUACGGGUAACCCUUGUCAGCUAUAUCUAAUGAGCAAUCCUUGUAAUGGUGGAUUAUGGGAUAGAAGACAUAAAAUAUGUACAGAGUCAACCAGUUCGAACACAAUCGGUGGACCAAUUACAGCCGAAUUCGAAGAUCGUUCAACGGCUUCAACAAACCAAGAUACAGAAUCCGUUACCAUUGAUAUAGCAGAAAUAACAGCAGCUUCUGCUAUCAUUGACAGCACAAUCAACAGCAGCAACAACAACGACGCUGAGAACAACAUAACCAUAACUACACCAUUACUUCCACCAACAACUGUGCAUGCCAACACGACCCCAGAUGUCAGCAUCUGCUUACACUGUGGUUGCGUCAAUUAUGCAACUGUAGGAGCCUCGUCGCCCGUACGGUUUAAAUUUCAAACCAGGCAGAACAAAAGUCUUCUGUGCAUCAUGGACCCUACGAACAAUUUCCUUUGGACCGUGAUUCAGAGGCGAUACUCGAAUGGAAUACAAAACUUUGACAUGACUUGGACUGACUAUGAAAGUGGAUUUGGGUCUCUGACUGAAUUCUGGAUAGGCAAUGCGUAUAUCCAUGAGUUGACAACUGACCUCGGACAAAAUCAUCUCCAGAUUGAAAUCGUUACCACAACAAACGAAAAAAUAACGACCGACUACGCGUUUCACAUUGAUGACGUCAACAACGAAUAUCGCCUGCACGUCUCCGACUUUGUCGGAUUGCAGGGGGACCCGUUCACUAACUCUGGAAGUUGUACAGAAUGCGCCAACGGAAUGAAGUUCACCACAAGAGACCGAGACAACGACAACGAUCCCAAUGUCAACUGCGCAACAUCCAGCGGAGGCGGAUGGUGGCAUAACGCGUGUCAAAGGUCAAACCUGAAUGGACGAGCGGGGCAGACUAAUUACAGGCAUGGACUUAACUGGGACGGGUUAACCGACAUCUCUAGUGUGGAAAUGAAAGUUAGGAAACCUUGACUAGUUCAGAGUUUCAUGAUCGAGCAUUUAUGCUUCUCUUUUUCAUUACUUCAUCAUGUUUUUCCUUAAAGAUUAAUGCAUUUGAAUGGAAGGUGUAAGUGUGAUAAA